UUCAGGACCACUGUAGUAGAAUAAGCUACACACGCAAAGCAAUCCGUUUAGAUCUUGAUUUGUGGUUGACUUGUGGUGUUUGAUCAUGAACGUUGCAUCUCCCAUCCCAAUUGCACGAUCCUUCAGCAAUGGCGAAUGAUAUUUUGCGAAUUUCUCUCUUCAAUACUCAUUCCAAGCUUCCCUUAAUUGACUCCCAUCACGAUACUGCAUAUGCACUACGCUUUAACAAACAUCAUCAAAGUCGACACCGGCAUGGAUUUCUCCGUUCAGUUUCUCGUCGGAAAGCCCUCAACAUUCUCUUUGCAAAGGCUGUUGAAUCUAAACCUCUCUCCUCAGUAUCGCCUGAAUCCGGUCAACGACACUCAAAGGAGUCGCUGCUUCUCGAUGUCACAGGGAUGAUGUGCGGCUCCUGCGUGUCGCGGGUAAAGUCGAUUCUAUCAGCCGACGACCGUGUAGAGUCUGUAGUGGUCAACAUGUUGACCGAAACAGCGGCCAUUCGAUUGAAGUCGUUCGGUACUGAAGAUAUAGACACUUUUGUUGGUGAAGAGCUGGCUCUAAGAGUGACGGAGUUUGGCUUUCCGGCCAAGCGAAGGAUCUCAGGGAAAGGGGUUCAGGAGAAGGUCAGGAAAUGGAAGGAAAUGGUCGCUCGAAAGGAGGGUUUGCUUGCCGAGAAUCGAAAUAGAGUAACUUUCGCUUGGACUUUGGUGGCUCUUUGUUGUGGAUCACAUGCUUCUCACAUAUUGCAUUCCCUAGGCAUUCAUGUAGCUCACGGAACCUUCUUGGAGAUACUUCACAAUUCAUAUAUAAAAGGUGCUUUGGCUUUUGGGGCUCUGCUUGGGCCAGGCCGAGACUUGAUUUUCGAUGGAAUGAAGGCAUUCAUGAAGAACUCGCCAAAUAUGAAUUCUUUAGUGGGAUUUGGUUCUCUUGCUGCCUUUGUUAUCAGUGCGGUGUCACUUCUCAAUCCUGAACUUGAAUGGGAUGCUUCUUUCUUUGAUGAACCGGUAAUGCUUCUUGGCUUUGUACUUCUUGGACGUUCCCUGGAAGAAAAGGCAAGGAUUAAAGCUUCUAGCGAUAUGAACGAACUUUUGUCACUCAUAUCCACCCAGUCGCGACUUGUGAUUACUCCAUCUGACAGUGACUCUGCUGCUGACAAUGUGAUUUGCAAGGAUGCUGUUUGUGUUAAUGUUUCAAUUGAUGAUAUACGAAUCGGAGAUUCGGUGCUGAUUUUACCUGGAGAGACAAUACCCGUUGAUGGGAAGGUUGUUGCGGGACGAAGUGUUGUUGAUGAAUCCAUGCUUACAGGAGAAUCACUUCCAGUUUUUAAGGAAAAAAACCUUGCUGUUUCAGCUGGUACUGUGAACUGGGGCGGUCCUCUUAGAAUUGAAGCAACUUCGACUGGCUCCAACUCAACAAUAUCAAAGAUAGUUCGCAUGGUUGAAGAUGCUCAGGGUCGGGAAGCACCUAUUCAAAGGCUAGCAGAUAUGAUUGCUGGGCCAUUUGUGUACAGUGUAAUGACUUUAUCUGCAGCAACAUUUGCCUUCUGGUACUCUUUUGGCACACACAUUUUUCCAGAUGUACUACUAAAUGAUAUUGCCGGGCCUGAUGGAAGUACACUACUCCUGAGCUUGAAACUUGCAGUGGAUGUCUUGGUAGUUUCCUGCCCAUGUGCACUGGGUCUUGCUACACCUACAGCAAUCUUAGUUGGCAUAUCUCUUGGAGCUAAGCAAGGACUUCUCAUGCGAGGGGGAGACAUGUUGGAGCGUUUGGCUUGUGUAGAUGUUAUUGCUUUAGACAAGACAGGGACUCUAACAGAAGGUAAACCUUCUGUUUGUGCUGUGGCAACUUUUGGUCAUGACAAAUCAGAAAUUAUUCAGAUUGCUGCUGCUGUUGAGAAGACCGCAUCACAUCCACUUGCCAGGGCGAUUGUAGCCAAAGCAGAAUCUCUGAAUCUCACAAUCCCUAUUACAAAAGGACAGCUAACAGAACCAGGGUUUGGUUCAUUGGCAGAAGUAGAUGGGCGUUUGGUUGUGGUUGGUUCGUUCCACUGGGUUCACAACCAUUUUCAUCAAAAGAUAGAUUCCGCAGAGCUAAAACACCUGGAAGAGAUUUUGGAGCAUCAGUCUUCCAUUCAAGAAACUGCAUCAUUUCAUUCUAAAACUGUUGUGUACAUUGGACGUGAAGGGGAAGGCAUUCUUGGUGCUAUUGCAAUAUCUGAUAAUUUACGUGAUGAUGCCGUGCAUACUGUAAACAGGCUUCACCAGAAGGGCAUUAGGAUGGUUAUUUUAUCAGGAGACAGGGAAGAGGCAGUUGCAGCAAUCGCAAAGUCCGUUGGAAUAAGGAGCGAAUUUGUAUAUGCAUCUUUGACGCCACAGCAGAAAUGCGGUAUUAUAUCAACUUUUCAGGGUUCAGGUCAUCGUGUUGCAAUGGUGGGUGAUGGAAUCAAUGACGCACCAUCUUUGGCUCUUGCUGAUGUUGGAAUCUCUUUGCAAAAUGAAACACAAGAAAAUGCUGCAUCAAAUGCAGCAUCUGUCAUACUCCUUGGUAACAGACUAUCCCAGGUUGUGGAUGUUAUCGAACUGUCACAAGCAACAAUGGCUAAAGUCCAUCAGAAUCUGUUAUGGGCAGUUGCAUAUAAUGUUGUUUCCAUCCCUAUUGCUGCUGGCUUGCUGCUUCCCCAUUUUGAUUUUGCCAUGACGCCCUCACUUUCAGGCGGGUUGAUGGCACUCAGCUCAAUACUUGUUGUUACAAACUCACUACUAUUGCAGCUUCAUGGCUCUAAUAAGAGAGAACUAGGGAAAGGGAGAAUAGAAGAACAAAAAAAUGUUUAUCCCAAUUGAAAGCCCUAGAAAGAAUACCUCACUACAAUUGCAGCUGGAAAAUACAAAGAAAAAAGGGCUUGAUAGCUGAUGGAUUUAGAACAGACAGUAUUCUGUAGGUUUUCUUAUGCUUGUAAUCAUUCUUAUUGCUUGCCUAUACAAGAAAGGAAAUGAUUGA